UCGUCUUCCGAAUUGCUUGGAGCACAGCAUGAAGGAGAUGCUUGGAGGGUGCUGUGUGUGUUCUGACGAGAGGGGAUGGACUGAGAAUCCGCUGGUGUACUGCGAUGGCCAAGGUUGCACCGUUGCCGUACAUCAAGCUUGCUACGGUAUCGUCACAGUACCAACUGGGCCAUGGUACUGCAGGAAAUGUGAAUCACAGGAACGAAGUGCACGUGUGCGUUGCGAAUUGUGUCCCAGUCGAGAUGGAGCUCUUAAGAGAACGGAUCAGGCUGGGUGGGCUCAUGUUGUCUGCGCGCUUUAUAUACCAGAGGUUCGAUUUGGUAACGUAACAACAAUGGAGCCGAUUAUUUUGCAACUUAUACCGACAGAAAGAUUUAGUAAAUCUUGCUAUAUUUGCGAAGAACAAGGGAGAGGUAGCAGAGCUAAUGUGGGAGCAUGUAUGCAAUGCAACAAGACAGGCUGCAGGCAGCAAUUUCAUGUCACGUGUGCGCAAGCUCUUGGCUUGCUUUGCGAAGAGGCUGGCAACUAUUUGGACAAUGUCAAGUAUUGCGGAUACUGUCAGCAUCAUUAUUCAAAAUUGAAAAAGGGUGGUAACGUAAAAACAAUACCACCGUACAAACCGAUACCAGCUGACAAUGGCUCGUCAGAUUCGUCUCCUGAAAAGGAAGCAGAAACACCGAUAAAGUCUUCGUCAAGUGGUAAACGAAAGAGUUCAAGUUCCAAAUCCGCUACCAAUUCUAAAAACAAAUCCAAUACUAGUCCAAGUCUAGAAAUAAAUGGCGUUGCUGACGACAAAAGCAGCAGCGGCCGUAACACACCCAAAGACAACACCACAAAUUCAAGUAAAUUCACAACUUCCAACUUCGUAGAGACAAUCGUCACCCAAUCGGAGAGUGUCUUUGGGCAUGAUGGCACUACUUCAACUACUACAACAGUGAUGAUUAAGUCGGGAUCGAAUUCGAACUCUGGCCACAAAAACAGUGGACAAAUGAAAUUGAACUCAUCGUCAAACAAGACCUCGAUCCAUAGUAAAAAGAGAAAAACUGGAGCUCGUACACCGACGGUGAUAGGAAACGAGAAUUCUAACCAAUCAGUCAGUUCGGAGGCUAGUGGCUCGGUCGUGGUUGCGGUCAGCUCCAUUGUGCAACAAGCGAUUUCAAGCAACAGUGUACAGAUAACGGAAGCGACUAGUCUAAGUACAACCACAGACCCAGAAAAAUCCAAAAAGCUGAAAGUUGAGAGUCCCGUCCAGUCAUUGUCGAGCACUCCAGUCAGCACCGAAGCAUCCACCACACCUGUGAUAAUGGCUGUGACGCAGUCCCAGUCGUCGGUUGUUACCCAGUCGCCGACGACUACAUCGAAUAGCAUAGUCGUAUCCGUUCCCCUGACCGCGACGUCGCUUUCUAAUACAGUGCAGAGUGUAGUAACGAGCGCUCCAACCCUGUAUCAGCAGUUGCAACAGAGCAUCAUCACCACAGCGGCCACCACGGAGCUGAGGGCGAGUGCAAUGUCGAAUUCGGAGAAAUUUGCUCCAGAAGAAGCACCUGCUAAGAGAUCUCGUUCUCAAUCGUCGGAUAAGCAGGAGAGGACACGCAAACCAAAGCGUGGUUCGUCCAAUAGUCAACCAGCACUGCCACAACCGCAAUUGCAACAACAACCCCAACCAACAGGUUCUUCCGUAGUAACAUCGGUAUCCAGUAGCGCAGUGGUGACUACGUCCAGGCGGGGAGGAAGAAGUAAUCAUCAGACUCCUCCGCCUGCUGUGUCCGUAACGCCCAUACCAUCCAUUAUUCAAGGACCAACGUUAAGCGGUGGGCAUUUUAGCAGCGUCGGAUCUGGUUCUACAAAUACGAUGGGUCCUACAGUUAAAGAGUCUCCCCCGAGCAGCCCUGGAUCCGAAAGUAUGAGUAGCAACGGACCGGGAAGGCGAAAGAGAAAAAGUGCUAGUGCAGCUUCUACGACGCCUACACCUUCUGCAUCAAGCACUCCAACGCUUACGAACCCUAAAGAAGAGAAAGAUGUUAAGCUGUUUCAGAAUGGAGUUAGUGCACCGCACAUGUUAGGGAAUCAAUUGAACCCAACCUCGACGAUGGCACAAAAGAUGUCCGACACCCUGUCGCAAGAACUGGAAGCACAUUCUAUUUUUACAGAAGCGAGUAAUUCCACAACGAAUUUAGUCGGCCCACAACUACAUAGUCGGGUGAUCGCGUCUAUUCGGUCGAAUCAGGCUAGUGCACCGCCUACAUCCUUUUCUUCAGUUUUUAAUACAGCAAGUAAUGCCAACCCCAACACCAGCACCAGUACUGGCGCUGGUUCCAUCACCGGUUCGCUAGGAGGUGGAGCGAUACCCCAAACAUUGGAUCAACUUCUAGAGAGGCAAUGGGAACAAGGAAGUCAAUUCUUGAUGGAACAGGCUCAACAUUUUGACAUCGCUUCCCUACUUUCGUGUCUUCAUCAAUUAAGAGCAGAAAACCUUAGGUUAGAAGAACAUGUAAAUAGUCUGUUACAAAGGAGAGAUCACUUAUUGGCUGUGAACGCUAGACUUGCUAUCCCACUGACAACUCAGCCUAGUACGCAUCCAGCGAACAAUAUACAUCCAUCUGUCAAUCCGUCUCACCCCAAUGUUCCACACCCUGAUGUUCCACCAGGAGCUGCAGCUCCAGUUCCAAGAGUGAACCGUGAACCUCGAGUGAACAACACGUACAUGCCUCAUUCGAGUUCCAGUAAUCAUUCAACAACAUUAGAGAACGGUUUACCUCCGGAUCCCUCGCCUCCAGCUGCCGCGUCUCUGCCUCAAUAUCAACACAGGACUUCGUUAGUGGCACCUCAACCAAGUCCAACAAUCAGACACAGCCCGGCAGGAAGUGCGUAUCAUCAAGGGCAACCCAGCAAUAUCGUGUCUCCGGCACCCGCCAGCAAUUCUGGAGUUGUCAGGAACUCAUCUGUUACACCGGAUCCGUUGCGUGGAGUGCCAAGGUCAGUUCCACAGACAUUGAGCAAUUACAUGCCUUCGAUGUAUCAAUCCACUAUGUCCAGUCUGACAAAUAAUCAAGUAGGUAAUGUUCAUAAUCUUCAUUCUCAUGGACCUUCUCCACCCAGCCACGGGCCGCCUGGGAAACCCAGCUGAAGAUAAAUGCAAGCACUGAGUAAAUAGAAGCGUCCUGCAUUCAUUAGCAGACGUGGUAGCGAUGAAGCUUAAUCAUCAACCUGGAGACGUACUCCAUUCUCAAAAAUGGGUAGGAAACUCUCAUCGCCUCACCCUUCGCUAUCAAUUCGACACGUGCUUCGUCGCUUAAAAUCGAUUUUAUCGUAUUUUAUUUGGUUUUGACUUUUGUUAUCAAACUCCACAGUUCGCUGUGUAGUUGAUGAUAUUAAUUUAUGAAGUAAUGAUGAUGUGGAUAAUUCUAAAUACGUAACUCUAUGUAUUUCUAAGCAGAAUUUUCGACAUGGCGUCUGAAUGUAAAAAUGACGAGCACGACAAUUAGGGAUAGUUUCACAAGCAAAAAGGGGAGGCACUUUAUAUGUUGGUUUUCCUUUUUCGUUUCUCCUUGGUUACGCGUCGUUGAGCACGUCUAAGACAAUCUUUCCAUCGUCGGCAUCAUGAUGAAAGAGAAAAAUAAACGGGAAAUCCGCAGAUGUACAAAUCUUAGAUUGUAAGUUAAUCUACCGCGACGAGAAUAGCAAUAAUAUUUACAAGUAGAUGUACAUUUUAACGGAAGGUGACCGCGUGUAAGUCUGGUGGUACGACAAAGUUCACCCGUCGUUUUAUACAGAGGCAUUUCUCACAAAAACGUUUCACCAACUUUCCACGAUUUUUAUUCUUUUUGUUGGUAAGAAAGGAAAGGAUUCGGGAUUCGGAGGAAGUGAUUGUUAAUUCGAGUCGGGAAAUGCAAAGUCAACAAAGUUGAAUGAUUUCAAUUGCCCAUUGUUGUUAAGUGACUCUGUAUACUUGAAAAAAGUAUACUUUCCAUUUGACCAAACUUUUUUACUCUGGUAAAUACAGAAUAUCCUCCUGCCCCUGAAUCCUUUAUUUCAAGCGCUCUGCAGAUUCAAAUGCCAUGCUGUUAAUUUUGGUGGGAAGGGGGGAGGGGGGAGGGGGGGGGUCUCUUUAGAACACCACUGUCGACAAAGGCUGCACCUUUGAUAGUAGACCUUUUAUAGUAGAUUUUAAUGCGGAAUCGAUCUGUCUCACAACUAGACGAUGUAUAUUCUAAUCUUAUACAUAAAACAUACUUAGAAGUACAACACGAGCACUGCCUUCCACCAAUAAAGCGUCGCCGUGAGACAGGUCGAUUAUUAAGCUCCUCUCCGUAGCAAAUGUAUAAUUGAUAUUAAUCGAGGCUUUCUAGUAUAAGCCGUGUCUUUUGAGUAAGAUACUUGUACGUUGCAGCUAGCUUCUUCAGGGUUCAAAUGACACACCGAUAUCGGUGCUGAUAUCGUACUAUAACUUGGCUCAUAUUUAUACUUUAACUGCCGGCCUAUUUAAAAAGAGUCUACACUUUAGAAGAGAACUUUUUACAUUAGUCUAUAUCGAUCUAGGUUGAUAUUAACUUUUGCAUACUGUGAACAGGUAUAUUAAAAGCAUUGUUUGUUUCUAAAUGUUGAGCACUAUAAGUAGACGAAUCAACAACACCGUUAAUAGAUUCCAAUAAAUACCUACCUAAUUUGUAAGGAAGUGCAAUGAUGAUUAAACGUUGAAGUAUUUUACUCAAAUGAAUAAGCCUCAUUUAAUAUCAACCAUAAAGAACCGAGCCAUGAAAGUCUCGAAUAUCUUAAACGUGUAAUUGCUUCUACUUCAAUUUGGUUCUCGAUUGACUGAUAGAGCUGUACCGUGAGUCGUGGCAACCAUAUUGGCUCGGAGCCUUAACGUUUCAUAAGUUUUUCCUCAAGUUUGCUCGAGGAGUGUUUCAAUAUUGUACAUUAUAGGUUUCACACGCUUCGUUUGUGAACACAGCGGGUUUAUUUUGCAAUUCAUCUUCCUUCAUUGCUGGUACCUUACCUUUCUCUAUGGCAUCGAAUACUUGGUUUGAAUCAUAAGGGACAGUGUAAUCUUUAUCGAUCACUGUAAUGGUAACCGAAUGGUAGAUACGUAAUCAAAAUUUCUUACGAGAGUACAGAAAACUGUUGGGAGAAUUUAUAGGACGAAAUUUUGCUUGAAGACUAGAGAAAAUGAGAAAAAUUUGGAUCGCAAAGGGUUAAAAUAAACCUCCAUUGGAGCUGUUAGAGUAUUUGUAACUAGAAGACCAAGCUUCUCCUUUUAUAGGA